AUGAGAAACCUCUGCAGGCUGGAUUUAAGUAAAAAUCAACAGUCUGGGAGGGUCCCUUCACAGAUUGGCCAACUCAAUGAUCCUGUGUUUCUUGAUUUAUCUAGCAACCAACUGAAUGGAACAAUACCUAUGGAGCUUGCAGACUGUCAAAAGCUUAUUUCAAUUAAGUUAAAUGACAACAAGUAUGAACUUUCAGACUGUGCUAGAUCUGAGCAAGAACUGGGGAACCUAAACAUGUUGAAAUUCUUAAAGCUCCCUCAAAAUCAAUUCAGUGGAAGCAUUCCAUCCUCAGUAACAAGUAUUAAAAGCUUGUCAAUACUUGAUGCAUCACACAACAAUUUGGAAGGUCAUGUUCCAAAAGGGAUCCGCAAUGCUUCAAUAAAUUGGUUUUUCCACAAGAGUCUCUGUGGUGACUAUUUUAGUUUGCCACCAUGUUAUUCACCUUCAGCAUACAAGAAUGGGAAGAAACGCCGAAACUUGGUAUCUGCAAUUGGGAUUCUUCUACUUGUUAGACAGAAGAAAAAACCUACAGACACAACUACCAGGAGUGGCAGGGGUGUAUUUUCUAUCUUGAACUUUGAUGGAAGAUUAGCAUUCGAAGAUAUCGUUAGUGCCACUGAGAACUUUGAUGAGAAACAUUGUGUCGGAGCAGGAUGUUAUGGCAGUGUCUACAAAGCACAACUACAGACGGGAGGAGUGUUUGCUGUAAAGAAGCUAUACUCUACUGGAGAAGCUGUGGGUGAUGCUACAAUUCACCGUGGAAUUGAACUUUUGAUGAAGAUACGGCACCACAACAUUGUCAAACUGUAUGGUUUUUGUUCACAUGGAUGA